GUCUUCAAGCCAUAAUGAUGGUCAAAGUUUUGGUCUUGGCUUUAGCCCUUGUGGGAGCCGUCCACGCCGACAAGAUGUUCAGCCCGCCCGCUCCUCCCGCCCCAGGAUACUCGUACGGCGCCCCGGACCUCAGGGCCGACGCCUCCACUCUCGACCAGCAGGAGCAGGACCCCAUCGCCGCCCUGGCCGCCAACAUCCCCGGCGGAGGCGUCCCUGGCGACGACUACCCCAUCCUGGCCUCCGUCCCCGACACCGGCUUCUCCUGCGAGGAACAGGAAUUCCCAGGCUACUAUGCUGACACCGCCCCGGAGGCCGGCUGCCAAGUGUUCCACAUCUGCCAGUUCGACGGCCGCCAGGACUCCUUCCUGUGCCCCAACGGCACCAUCUUCAACCAGCAGUACUUCGUGUGCGACUGGUGGUUCAACGUGGACUGCGCCGCGUCCGUGCAGUUCCGAAGCCUUAACGCUGACAUCGGCAAGAUCCCCGAAGACGCCGCUUCCUCCGUCCGCAACGACGUCGUGGCACCCAACCAGCUCUAUGGCACUCCCGAGGCACCUCCCACUGUCCCUCCCCAACUGUACAACAGUCCCAACAGAUUCUAAAUCCAGUGUCUUGAGUACGUAUCCCCAAGAUGAACAAACCAGCAAACACUUCAUAAGCAAAAUUGUAAAUAGCUUAUUUAUGCUUCUGUAAUUCUCGUAAUACUCUACAGUUUCCUUUAACUUGUCUGUAUCUCACCGUUCUUUAUUAUGACAAUAAAAGUA